GAGAGAGAGGGAGAGGGAGAGGGAGGGAGGUCGCAGCGCAGCUUCCACUCAGUCUCUCUCAGUUUCGUCAGAGAUGCGCAUCGCUUGGAGCCCGACCUGGAUCUAGAACACACGGGCGACUGAAACGUCACAAGCCGAUGAGUUUGAUUCAGAUUUGGUUUCCUGUGGGAGGCUUCACGGCGUGAUGUUUCAGAGCCUAUGUCUUGGAUGGAAAAGGUUUAUAAAACACGAUCAGGAGUGAAAAGCUUCUUCUUUGUCUCCGCAGCCGGUCGAUGACUCUAUGAGGAUCCAGCGCUGACGCACCUGAGACUAGUGGUGAACUAGUCGCUGCCAGAGCCCCCUGCUGAAGCUUCCUCCACGCACCGCCGUCAUGCCUCUCUCUGCGUCCCUCACUCCCUUCCUGCUCCUUGCCUUCGUCUUCCUCCUCCCACUGCCACUGUGUCGGUCGGAGUCCCAGCGCAGUGACCCCAGCAGUAUCCCAGGACUUCGGGGGGUCUCGCCCUCCAUGUUCCCCUCCUCCUUCCAGCCCUCUUUGGCCUACAACAACAACAGUUCCACGGUGGGGACGAAGGACAAGUGCUUGGAUGACACUAAGUGCAUGCCUGGGAUCUUGCUGCGCGUCUGGGAGCCCCUGAAUCCGGGACUGGGAGAGAAGGUGGCCCGGGCUGUGGUCUACUUCUUGUCUCUUAUGUACAUGUUCCUGGGAGUGUCCAUCAUCGCUGACCGCUUCAUGGCUUCAAUCGAGGUCAUCACGUCGCAGGAGAAGGAGGUGACGAUCACGAUGCCAAACGGAGAAACAUCAGUGGCGACGGUUCGAAUCUGGAAUGAAACUGUUUCAAAUCUCACUCUCAUGGCUUUGGGCUCCAGCGCUCCUGAGAUCCUGCUGUCCGUCAUUGAGAUCUGCGGUCAUGGCUUCGAGGCUGGCGAGCUGGGACCUGGCACCAUCGUGGGCAGCGCCGCCUUCAACAUGUUUGUGAUCAUCGGCAUCUGCGUGUGGACCAUCCCCAACGGUCAGAGUCGCAAGAUCAAACACCUGCGAGUCUUCUUCAUCACCGCCUUCUGGAGCAUCUUCGCCUACAUCUGGCUCUACCUCAUCCUGUCCGUCAUGUCUCCAGGAGUCGUGGAGCUGUGGGAAGCUCUGGUCACUCUGCUCUACUUCCCUGUAUGCGUCAUCCUCGCCUGGAUCGCUGACCGCCGUCUGCUCUUCUACAAGUACAUGGGCAAGCGGUACCGCGCGGACAAACGCCAUGGCAUCGUAGUGGAGACAGAAGGAGACCUGACCCCCAACAAGGGGGGCAUGGAGAUGAUCAUGGAUGGAAAGUUCCCGCCCAGAAGUGGCGCCGUGGUGCCCGCAGAGAACUGCGGAGCUGCCGCUCAGGACGGGGCCACCGGUGCUGCAACCAAUAACGUUGGUGCUGCAGCUGGAGGUGGGGGGGUCGGCGGGAAUCUGCCCAACUCCAACAGCACGAUGGUCAACGUGGAGAGCAGCAAGGAACUGGACGAGAGCCGCAAGGAGGUGAUCCGUAUCCUCAAAGAGCUGAAGCAGAAAUACCCCGACAAAGAGCUGGACCAGCUCGUGGAGCUGGCAAACUACUACGCACUGCUGCACCAGCAGAAGAGCCGGGCCUUCUACCGCAUCCAGGCGACUCGGAUGAUGAUCGGAGCAGGAAACGUCCUGAAGAAACACGCUGCUGACCACGCUCGCCGCACAGCCGUGACCGACGAGGAAGCACCUGAAGACGAUGACCUGGAGCUGUGCAGCCGCAUCUCCUUCGAGAGCGCUCACAGUCAGUGCAUGGAAAACUGCGGUGUCCUGACGCUGGCCGUUGUCUGCCAAGGUGGUUUGGGAGAAAACACCUUCUAUGUGGACUACAGGACGGAAGAUGGCUCUGCCAAUGCAGGGUCCGACUACGACUACAGCGAGGGAACGCUGGUGUUCAAACCCGGGGACACUCGGAAAGAGAUCAAGGUCGGCAUCAUAGACGACGACAUCUUCGAGGAGGACGAGCACUUCUUCGUGCGUCUGCUCAACCUGCGUGUUGGCGACGCGGAGGGAAUGUUCGAAAGCGACGAGGUGGGCGCCGCCCCUAAAGCUCGGCUGGUGGAGCCCCUGGUGGCCACAGUGACCAUCCUGGACGACGAUCACGCCGGCAUCUUCACCUUCAGCGAGCGCAUGGUUCGUGUGAGCGAGAGCGUCGGCACCAUGGAGGUGACGGUGGUGCGUAACUCCGGAGCCCGCGGCACCGUCAUCCUGCCGUACCACACCGAGUCAGGAACCGCUAAGGCUGGGGAGGAUUACGAGGACGCCAGAGGAGAGCUGGAGUUCACCAACGAUCAGACCACUCAGACUCUGCAGAUAAGGAUCAUCGACGAUGAGGAGUACGAGAAGCAUGAAAACUUCUUCAUCGUGCUGGAGGAGCCUCGCUGGCUGAAGAGAGGAAUCUCAGCUCUGCUGCUCAACCAAGAGGGGACCGAAGGUCAGAUGAGUGCUGAGGAGGAGGAAGCACGGCGGAUAGCGGAGAUGGGGAAGCCCAUUCUGGGGGAGCACAGCCGGCUGGAGGUCGUCAUUGAGGAGUCGUACGAGUUCAAGAGCACCGUGGACAAGCUGAUCAAGAAGACCAACCUGGCCCUGGUUAUCGGCACGCACUCGUGGAGGGAGCAGUUUGUGGAGGCGGUGACCGUCAGUGCAGGUGACGGCGACGAUGACGAGGAGGGGCGUGAAGAGCACCUUCCGUCCUGUUACGACUACUUCAUGCACUUCCUCACCGUCUUCUGGAAGGUCCUGUUCGCCUGCGUGCCGCCCACAGAGAUCUGGAACGGCUGGGCCUGUUUCUGUGUCUCCAUCAGCGUCAUCGGCCUCCUCACCACCAUCAUCGGAGACUUGGCGUCGCACUUCGGAUGCACCGUGGGCCUCCGGGACACCGUGACUGCCGUGGUGUUCGUGGCUCUGGGGACUUCCAUCCCAGACACGUUCGCCAGCAAAGUGGCAGCCAUCCAGGACCAGCACGCCGACGCCUCAGUGGGGAACGUCACCGGGAGCAACGCCGUCAACGUCUUCCUGGGCAUUGGCGUGGCGUGGUCAGUGGCGGCCGUCUACUGGAAGAUCGAGGGGAGGGAAUUCCAUGUGAACCCAGGGUCGCUGGCCUUCUCCGUGACGCUCUUCACCAUCUUUGCUUUCAUCUGCAUGGCCGUGCUGUUGUUCCGGCGCCGGCCGUCUAUCGGCGGCGAGCUGGGCGGCCCACGGGGAGCCCGCAUCCUCACCACCCUGUUGUUCCUGGGUCUGUGGUUCCUCUACAUCCUGUUCUCCAGCCUGGAGGCCUACUGCCAUAUCACCGGCUUCUAAAGCAGAGAGCAGCAGUUUACAUCUGUUCGGAGGGCUUCCUGCUGCCUGGAGGGUCCGGGCUUCUGACACCGGGACCCAGCACAAACACACACUCACACUCACACACACACACACACACUACAUGCAUGUUUCUGCCAUCCCAAACACACACAAGUUGCAGGUCUGGCAGAAGGCGAGAGGAAGUGUUGAGAUCGAGGAGAGUGUGAAGUUUACUGUCUCCAGACAUCAGGACGUGGACACACCAGCUGUACCAUGUGACCCGAACUGUGGCGUCCUGCAGCUGACUGUGUGUGGUUUCGUCCACCGCUUCUGCGGGUGCAUCUUCGUGACAAAAAAGGAGUGGAAUGUUUACAACAACAUGAUGUGUGUUUACGACUUCAACGUGGCGAAGCUCCUCAGCCGAGGGCCAAUCUCCACACGCGCUGUACAUACCAGAUAUAUCCUGUACAUAGAGAGUGCUGUUGGCCGGAGACCUCAGAUCCAGAAGGAACCUCGAGGUGGUGGUCGUCUUCCCUCCGACUCAACUGCUGACCGGCGCCACCUCCGUCAGCUACACUGUAAAUAUACGGAUGACAUGAGAGCGGACUGUCAUUCACGGGUUAAAAAAAAAGUCGACAAGAUUCAGGAUUUACUUUAAAUUGUUCACUUGACAUCAAAGGACUGAGGGUAUUCAUCAGCCUCAAACGUGACGACUCAUCAUCGUGUGUGUUCUGUGAUCCAAUCAAACCACUCACCUUGAGUUUAUUCAAGUGUCUUUGUCUACAUUGUCCUACAUUGUCUCAUGAAAUUCAUCGUUUUUUCUCUUAAUUUCCACAUUGCGACUCCUUUGAUUCGUCUCCCUUCAGUUCUGAGUUUCUCAACAUCCUACUGAGCAACUCACCCUGACUCUUAUUUCACUCUCCAUCACAUUUGACUUAGUACCUGAUAGGUGGACUUACUGUCUUACUGAUAUUUUAUGGUUUUGACUGUGUAGUGGAUCGUUUUGACUCUUCUGUUGAUGAUGUAACCUUGACAAAACGUUUCUGUUUUACUGAGCAUCUCUUGGUUGAUAGAGAAUACCAUUCUUUUUUGAACAUUUAUAAGUAACUCAGUUUUGAAUUAUACUAUUUUACUCAUAGUUUAAUUAUUGUUAUGAUUAUUUUUGUUUUGACUUGUAAUGCCAGAGUCUCAUGAUGUCACUGAACACCUGAUAGUAUUGACUGAUAUUGACUGAUCACCUCAUUUUGACCUCAGUUUUUAUGCACUUCAUUGUUUUGUUGUAUUUUAUUGCAGUACUUUUGAGUUCAUGUUGAUGUCAGAGUCGCAGGAGGAGAUGAAUGUGGCCAUACUUGUUUAAUGUGGAUGUGGAUGGAACAGACUCCUCCAUGACUGAAGAAGACACAUGCAUGGUCAGAACAAGAACCUGUUGUGACUGAAAUAUUGUGACACCCCAAGACUUUUUCACUAAAGAUUCUUCCUGCAUUAUUACCUUUAUUUUGGACGUUCUGUCAUCCAAGCUUCAGACGACGGCAGAAGGUUCUCCACUCUAGUUACCAGAGUGAUCAAUCAGAUCAAAAGAUUGGAGCUGAGUGUGCAAGUAUAUAUUUAGAUCAGGUCAAAUCCAGAUCGGAGUAUAACUUCUGUGACAUCCUCGCUUCUCUUCCUCGACACCAGAGCCAGUCCAAUAGUUUACCCUUUCUAACCUUUCUAAAAACUGAUUUUGUAUCUUUUUCUGGUAGCUGACGUAGAUUCUUUUGUACUCCUCAACAAUGUCUUGCAUCUUCUGGAAGCGGUUUAGUGGAUUUUUAUAUAUUUCCUACGGCAAGGAAGUUUCUGUUUUUUUGACCUGUUGCCACUGUAUCUUCAUCUCAUCUGCUGUGCUCCAGUUGCUCCCACAGUUUUAUUUCAUGUCUGGUAUUCAGUUUGCACUCAAUUUGUCUUAUUCCAGUUUUUGUUGAUCUCUGGCUGCUCCAUCCCCUCUGAGAUCAAAUGACAGGAGUCACCUGCACUUGAGAAAAAUGAUAUGAACCCCAACCUUCAUAAGGAAUACCCUGUUAGCCACCAGUAGGACAGGCAUCUCUCUUUCGCUCUCAUCUCGAGUCAGAAGAUCCUGACUUAGAUUCCCUUUGUUCGACUUGCAAACUCAUGACUUCACUCCUUGCCUCAGAAUAUUCCGCUGCUGCUCAAACUUUGGAGGUAGCAGCUCAAUGUAAUGGGCAUCUGGGUGACCUCCUCGUAUCAGAUCUCUGUAACCGCAGUAGUUGUGUGCACCGCCACGUUUGAGUUGAAAUGUUGAGAAACGAAGUUUAAAAAAAGUUGAUAUAUUGAAGUAUAAAGUCGCUAGAACACCUUGAGUGGUGGACAGAGGCUUUGUUACGUGGUGAUGUUAUUCAUGUAUAUUUACAGAUUAAUUUAUUUAGAUAUUUAUUCAUUUAUGUAGAAGAUUAUGUAGCUAUAAUGAAGCUGCGCCGCCGCAGUUUCUAAGUGCAAUACACUUUAAUCACUUUAGUUGUCGCCAGGUCCAGUUUCUGCUCAGUGUUUGUCGAAAAGCCUCCCAUGUUCGUCAUCAUCUGUUUCUGUUAGCGGAGCAGCUUCCCAGUGUAAAGUAGCAUGUUUACAUGAAGGGUCACCUGCUGAAUGGAGGUCAGAGCUGUCCACGAUGUCCCAGUGAUGCUCCUGCUUCCAUGAACUUCUCUACUGACUGUCUUUGCUGUUCUCUAUCUAGAUGUGCCCCCGCCACCUCCUCCCCUUGUGUUUGUCCGUGUUUCUGUGCAGAUGCAUGAAGACUCGUGUGAAUGUGUGUUAGCAGCAUGGUCUACUGUGGUGGACGCCCAUAGACACCUUUUUUUUACCCUGUGGUCCAGAGCAAACACCACCUGAAGCUCUGGUUCAGAAACAGAAAGUGUAAGUCGGUGAAAACAAGGUCCCCUGCUUGUUGAGGUCAUUGAUGUCAAGAUAAAAGCCUGUAUGGAGGCGUCAACGGUCCCAGGUCAUCUUCUGUUGUUGUACUGUUGUGUCUGUGUUCGUGCUUCCCCCCGAUUUCUUCUGGCAUCUGCCUCCUCUUCAAAAGUCUGUGAACUUGUGAUGAUGAACUGCCUGACCCUUUGUAGGGAGAUACUGACUGCGUUGAUACAAUAACCUGUGAUAGACAUAUAUACAUUUAUUCAGUGAUGUUACAAAUGAUUAGCUGAAGAUAAGCUUUCAUUCUUUUUCUAAAGAAAUGCUGAGGAUAAAAAAAAUCUUUGGGAGGGAAGAGCUUAUUUCUGAGAACAUGGCAUGAAGUGUAAUAAUGUGUUAAUGGAACAACAUGACGGUGAUCUGAUUUAAAUAUAGUUUAUUUUCAA